AGAUGUGUGUGUGUUACUAUGCUUUGUCACUAAACUAAUCUUGUUUGAAUCCUCAGGAUAUGAGCCGGUCAUUGUUGCCCUUUGGCAGUUUUGACAGCACGGGCACAACUAUGAACCCUUUCGGCAUGUUCGACAACGUGAUGUCCAACAUGAAAAGCAGGAUGGAAGAGAUGCACAGAAACUUUGAGAACACGCCCACAGAUUCAAACUCCCACUCGUUCAGCUCCUCAUCAGUCAUGACAUAUUCAAAAGUUGGAAAUGAGCCUCCCAAGGUCUUCCAGGCGAGCUCGUCGACACGCCGGGCCCCUGGAGGGAUCAAGGAGACCCGGAAAGCAGUGAAAGACUCUGAGAGCGGUGUGGAGCAGAUGACUAUUGGUCACCACAUCCAGGACAGGGGACAUGUUGUUGAGAAGAAGCUCAACAAGAAAACAGGAAAUAAGGAGUUCAACCAGGACUUUCAGAAUUUGGAUGAAUCUGAAGCAGAGACCUUUGACGAUGAGUGGCAGCAAGAGGUGUCCAAGUUUCACACAUCAGGCCCAGUGUCCCGUAUGGAGGAGCCCAGGCUCCGCGGCGCUCACCGGGCAGCCCUCACCGGUUCUGAGCAGGAGCUCAGUGAUCAACCAAAGGCCAAGGCUGAGGGUAAAAGCUGCAUGAAAGGCUCGGGUUCGACAAAGCAGUGAAAACUUCUGUUUGUGUGUCUAUUAAAGUUUGUCAAGCUUCAUGUAGUAUACUGUGCUGCUCUAUACCCCCCCCCACACACACACACACACACACACACACACACACACACACUGGUUUCAUCAUAUGGACAGAAUCAGAAGGCACUGAUCAAGAUUUUCAAAUCUUAAAGCAAAUACAUGUAUGACCUUAAGGCUGCCACCAUUGCAGAGGACAUGUACUUUUUAAUGGGUCAGAUUUCUCCUCCCAUGUCGCUGUAAUAUUUUUGAAGCACAUCUCACACUUGAAUUGUAAAACAAAGAUGGCUAGACAUAUCACAGAAUCAGGAAUUGGUUGUGUGUUAUCUCUGGAGAAGAAGAACUUAGUAAUGUUAUCCUUUACUAGUCUAGUACUAAUACUCUUCUAUGCUUAUAGAACAUUUAAAAAACGUCCCUACUCUUUCACAACAUCCAGGAAACUAAAAGGCUAAUUAGUAUUUCAUUACAUGUUGCAUUGUGGAAACAGAUUAAGAUAAACUCAUACAAUGUAAGAAACACAUUAACAUUUAAUUAAGGGUAGAAGGCGCUAAUCAAAUCAUAACAAAUUAUCAAUGAACAUUUAAUUCAUAAGAUUUGGCAUCAGAUUAAUAGAAUUUGCUCUAUGAUUGAUAUUGUAAUGAUGCCAUCUGUUCGAAUGAUGUCAUUAUCAUAAUGCCACGAGACACAAUGCAGUGACUUCUUUACUGUUUGAAGUCCUCUAAUGCACGUCUUAGACAAUGUCGGAAUUGUCUUUUUGUAAUUAUAUUGUCUUUAUCUGCUGUAAUCUUUGUAAAAAAGAAAAAUAAUACUCUUCCCUUUUUAUAUGUCACUUUGAUUUCUCUUGUUGUUCAUCUGAUGAACUCUGUGCUGCGUAGCACGAUAUCUUGACAGCGUCGGGAUUAUUCUCAAUAAUUCUAGCUUUGUUCUUGUAUAUUUUUUCAAGCUUUGAAAACAAAUGAUGUGACAACGCAGACUAUUGUCUGAAAAUAAAAAUAUGACGAUAA